AUGGGUGGUAAUCAUCCAAUUUGGCAUCAUUUUACAAAACUUGGACCAGAUAAAGAUUACAAACAAGGACGUGCUAAAUGUGAUUAUUGUGAUUAUAAAUGCAAUGAAUCAGUUAUAAGAUCCGAAGGAUAUUUAAAAGUAUGUGAUAAAGCUAGUUUAGAAAUUAAACAAUUAUACUUUGGGUCUACAUUUCAAGAACCAGAAAAAAAAAACUUACUAGUUAGUACAAGCAGACAAAGAAAUUCAA